ACACUUUUUAACUAUCAUCUGGAGGUUAUACCCACAGGAGUGGUUUCUGUAAAUUUGCGGAUAACACCUGGUUAAUAUUUAAGUAAAUGCUAGAAUCGCAAAUCUAUACACAGACUGACUCAUCAAAAGUGAUCAUCCCACCUACGAUAACUGUUACCACGACAACGGACAGUGAUUCAGAAUUCUCACGAACCCCAUCUAGCAUAUCUUUAGUAUCAUCAGAUAUUUGUCAUGUGAACGAGCUUGACGACUCCAGAAAGUCUUCUAAAAGCUGGUCUUUAUGCCAUCGUGAAUUUACCGACAAUGAAAAUAACUGUCACUCUUCAUCACCUAUCAUUUCUUCAACAAAUUACACUGUUUAUUCUUCAGUACAUUCUAAUGUAGCAUCGACCAACCAUUCCGAGUUGCCGGUUUACUCAACUGCAUCAAUAAAUGCCCAUGAUAGUCCACAUAAAUCUUCUGCUGAUCAGAUCUUCACAUCGUCAGAAAUCUUUAAUUCUACAUUUAAUCACACACAGUCAUCUAUAAGUUCUAGUAAUCAUGCUACGAAUGACAUCUUGUCAUCUCCCUAUAGGUGUUAUGGAUGUUUAACCUCCUUAAGAUCGGUUUUGUCGUCGAAUAGAUUAUUUGGAACAGAUGAUUCGAAUAUUUUCCCAUAUUCCUCCACACUUAUAGAAUGCAAUCAUUCAAAUCACCAUCGUAAGAGUCCUUACUAUCAGACAUACGCUAAAUUUACGGAAAGACAAUUGGGAUUUACCUGUCUGUGCCACAGCCAUAAACAGAGCCAAGCAACUUCAGAUGCUAAGAGUGAUUCCAAUGUUACCCUAUUUGACCAGAUAUCACCACCACCAUCUCUAUCAUCAUCGUCAACAUCAUUGUCUUCACCAACAAAUAAUAUCCCUCCAAUACAACAUAAUGAUAGUAAACAGCCAGUCAGACAAUCUAAAACUUUGCUAAGACGUUUUCGGAGUUUCAUCAUACAAUCAGUAAGGAAAUCUGGUCGUUCAGUAAACUUUAAUGAAGGUGAAAAAUCACAUACAGUUGAAGACUCAGUGGUAGUUAAGCAUAACUUAAUUGACCGUAAUAAAAAACGCAGUAAAUCAUUGCGUACCAUACCAAAUUGUGUUCUAUCAGCUUCUCCCAUCAUACCAUCAAUGUCAUCAUCAAACGGUGAACAUUGUGAAAAUAAAGCAAAACUGGGGAAUAAGAGUUCAUGUUCUUCAAGUCGACUGCGUUUACAUUCUGACUGCGAGAAGCAUUUUGAUGAGUUCACACGCAUAGAAACUGAUAAAAUUCGACAAAAUGAUAAAACUUUAGUAUCAUCUGAUUACUUAAUGAAUGCACGGACAUGUCAACAUUUUGGGAUAGUGAGUAAAGCAGUUGAAAAGUUUAUUUCAAUUCUCAAUCAAGAGUUAGAUUACUUAUUUCACAAUAAUAGUAAUAAUAAUAAUAACAACAAUAACAAGCAUAGCAACAACAAUAAUAAUAGUUGUAGUAGUACAACACAUCAUCUACAAGAAUUAUUUAAACAAACAUUGAUGGAACUGGUCAUUGUAUUACAGUGUAGACAAUUUAUCAGAGAUUUCGUCAAGUGUGAAGGUCACUGCAAACUUUUCCAACUUGUUGAAGCAAUUGAUAAAUUGGAUAGAGAAUUUCAUGAUCAAAUUUGGCCGCAUCUUUUGUCCUGUUUAGCCGAAUUAUCGAAGUAUGCUAUAACUAAUCGGCUCAUCGCUCAUAAUCAAGAUAAUAUGACUUAUCUUAUUACCUGUUAUACAACAAAUGAUAAUUAUAGGCCUUGCUCAUCUGAUGAAAUGACUACUAAACAAAAUAAUGAAAAAGUUAAUCCAGUAUCGUUAAGAAGUAUCAGUCAUAUUGUUAGCGGCAGUAACAGAGAAGAGUUUUUCAGCUGGCAGUUGGUGUCCGAUCAUUUUUUAUUUGUAAUUAUUGAUCAUUGUAGACGGGAGAACAAUUUAGUUUGUUUAAAGCAUGAGCUGAAAUUAAUUUUAAAAAUUGUCACAGACUAUCCUGUGAGAAUUCAAUAUGUCAUUGAGCAAACAAAACAUGGAUUUAUAUUGGAUUUAUUGAAAAUGAUUCAUGUAAAUACUACUAUAUACAAUUACACAGUGGGUGGUUCAACGCAGAAGGAUGAACUACGCUGUGAUAUGCAAAAUCUUAUUAUGAAAUUUUUAUAUGUUGUAUUUUAUUACGCGAAGCAGAACGAUUAUUUAUCCUCAUUAAUACCACAGUAUCUGAGAAAUAUUCGUUUUGUCGAAUGGAUCCCGGAACUAAGUAAUCGUUACUUCUGGGAAUCGAUCAUAACCCCCUAUCAUCGACAUUGUCACUACGAUCAAUCUGAUUACUCUGUUGAAACAGUGAACUCAUAUUCCCUCCUUGAUUUCAAUUAUGAUAAUUCAGAGAUUACUUUUGUAUUGAAACGCAUGAAUGAACUUUCAAGAAUUCUAGACAAAAAUGAUCCACCACAUGAAGAAGAAGAAGACAAUCAAGGUAACAUGAAGAAUUAUAGUACUGUUGACGAUACCAUUGGACCCCGAGAAAAAGAUAACAACAAUAAUAGCAAUAAAAACCCUUGUGUACAAUUAUUUGGUUCGUUGUGUCGCGUACAACAAUUGAUUAACAGUUUGUUAUUAAACCGAAUGAAUACACCGUUGGAUCGCACAUCAGCAGUAAAUAUGGAGAAAAUGAAUCAGUUAUGUUCAGCGGUCUAUUGCGAUGAGUAUACACUCAGUCCAAGUGUGGAAUCUAUGGAAGAAGCAUGCAUAAGACUUGGAUUCAAGAUACCAACAGAUCCAUAUGCUGAUUUUCAAGAGUCUCCAGGUUCUCUUGCAUUUCACAGCAUACACGCGUAUGCAAUGAAGAAUAAAAACAAGUUAAUUGAUAUGCUCAGUUAUGCUUAUCCACUUCAAAAAUAUGACAGUUUUACAAGUUAUCGUAAAUCAAAUUUCCUGUCUGAAUUCCCUUCUCCUCCACUGAAUACUAACAAUUCUCUCAAUUUACUUAAUAAUCUGUAUGAUGACGGUGUUGGUGGUGAUACUGUUAGUGGUGGCUAUGGAGUUGGUGUAAGCGGUAAGACUUCUCGUGUACAUCGUCACUUCUCAGCUGUUGAUUCAAAUUAUAUCAAAUACCUUUUGAAUACUACUCAUUCACGUUAUGAUAGUGAAUACUGUUAUAACACUGGACGACGUUUUACAGUUGACUCGUUGUCAUCCAGUCUACAACAAACUUAUAAACCAUUCAAAGGCAUGGUUAGUAGUCAUUCCUCGUCUUACUAUUAUUAUUAUCCUCCCACUUCACUAACUGAAAAGAGGCCGUUAUUUCCAGUAAUUGAAGCUGCCAAUGCUGUGACAAGAAUGCUUUGCGAAUUGAUCUCAGUUCACAGUGAAAUUUAUGAUUCUCAGUUUAUUAUAGAAGAGGAUGCGAAUGAAUUUUGUCUGCCUUCACUUUUCUAUCCAAUACUCUUAAGUUAUCAUGGUCUGGGUGAAACACUAUUUGAGGAUUUAUUCGACUGCGUCUUUUCAACAUUUUUCUAUACAUGGACUCAAAUGAAAGCUGUUCCGGAAGAUUUAGUUGGAAUUUUGUGUGUUGUCCGGGAACAGAUUAAUAGAAUCUUGAAAACUACUCCAAUCUCAUUUGAAGAAUUCGAAAAGUCUCUGGCUAAUUUCAAUCCUUACGAUGUGCCAUCUAUGUGGUCGAAACGUGAAAAUAAUAUGCGUAUGAAUAUGCUACACAAUCAUCCAGCUUUAAUACAGUUACGCAAUGAUCUGAAGAGGCGUCAUCAGGACCAUGUAUACGAGAACCGCUUAAAUAUACUGUCAACGUCAGCACCUUUAGAAUAUAUUCCAUCAAAAGGAUCAAAAUUAUCCAGUAAGGACAAUCAGUCUUUCACCGUCCUCUUGUCAACUGAUCGUAAAUCUUUUGUGAUAAGAGAUGCAAAUCAAGCCGUAAGGGAAAUAUGGCCGUUAAAAUCUGUUAUUCGAGUAUCAUUGGGUGCUGCUGAAAAGGUCAAGAAGAAUCCGGAACGAACUCUAAUCUUUCAUGUCGAAUUAAGUGAUGUGGCAAAUCAAGAUGACUCCAACGAAUCUGUGAAUAUUAAGUCACGUUGUUUCCGAGCCAGCUUACUGGCUAGAUCAACGAUAGAAUAUCACUAUUGGUUAGACGGUUUAUUUCUGGUAAACAAAUUAAAUGUAAGUUAAUUUUUGCGUACAUAUUUUCUGUUUUUCGUGGAAUCGAAUCUCCUAGUACUAGAGCAACAUAUUUUCAAAGAUUUAUGAACUUAUGGUACAUAAAUGUCAUAUGGAUCCAUAGGAAAGUCGCCUAAAUGAAUCACUGUAUCUAGACUAGUGUGAAGAGUUGUUUUGUAAUUUACGACCGAUUGUUUUGGAGAGCGUUAUUAGAAGAGGCAUUGGUUGCUUUAGUCCUAUUCCACAUAAAAUUGUUCACCGAGAAAGGCGGUGGCUUGGUCUGUGUAUAAUAUAUCUUAGUCACAUCUGUCGAUUCACCUAACACGAAAUUUUGAACCCAUCCACAUUUGACAGAGGCAAAUCGCAUGCUAAACUUACUAAGAUUUAUGGUGGAGGUGUUCAGAAGACUGUAUUUCUCUGUGUUUUUACCUAGGAGGAUCACGUCUCCUGUAUACUCUAGGUCAACGAGACACACACCAUCUUGAUAACAAGUCAUUUCCAGGGAAACGCAUGUCGACUAAAGUCACAUCUAAUAGAAAAUCUAUAGUCGAAUUAAGUAAGAAUGGUGACAACGAGCAUCUCUGAUGGACCCCACUGGGUAACGUCACUUAAGGUGAAAACUCUCCAUAAGCCUCUUACACGCCUCUUAAGAGGAAAUUCUUACAAUGAAGCUUAGGCAUUAAAGUAAUUAACAUUUGUGUAUUGUUAUAAUUAUUUAUUUAUACAUUUUUUAUCACAAAGUUUAUAAAGUUUUUUGUGUCCACUAUUUAAUUAGGGGUUUGAAUAUUUUUGAUGACUCAAAUUACCAUGAACUCCAUCUAAUGUUAUGCUUUCACAAAAAUGAAAAACAAAUUCCAGUAGAUUUUUGUGACAUAACUUAUUAGGUAAACUAAUUAUGCUCUGUUGUCUUUCUACACAUCAUCCGUAUUAAAUGAACUAAAGUGUUGUGUUAUCCUAUCUGUUUAGUCUAGAGCAACCAAGGUAUUUUGUUCUCUUAAGAACGCAUAACUCUUAGGUAUUUAUGCUGUUUCACAACUUCUGGUGUGUUAGGCAUGGACUCUGAUGGUGGUGUGCCAACUGACCAUCGAAUACUAAGCUAUUUAGAUGUUCACUAGGAUCGUCAGUCAUGCAGUGAAUGAACCUAAUGAAUUACAUAUCCCAAUAAAGUCUGUCGGUUUGCGACUGAAUGUUGUUAGUCGGAACAGAUACUAGUCGGAGAGAGAAACAGUGAGAGUAUGUUACCUCAGUUACUAAUAAACCUGAAAUUCAAAUUAACCACACCCUUUUGUUGGUUGAGUUUGAAAAUUGAAUUAAAUUAAAUAAUAUUGAUGUAGUUCUCCAUCAUUUCUAAAUGAUGAUAAUCAAUGUGUUAUCAGCAGAAAUCUGUUUUUAAAGAACCAAUACACAUCAACAUGUCACAUUCUGCUUGACGCAUAUAUUGUUUUUUUUAACAACAAACAUUUCUAUCUGCACUUUAAUGAUUUUAUUUUAUCAUGAUUGAAACAAUUUGAGUUUAAUUUUUAUUAAAAUUGUCGUAACCGCAUAAAAAUAUAAGAUGGUAAUG